CGCUAACAUCAUCUUCUUCUUCAUUCUCACUCAACGAGUACAGACACGGAAAACAGAGCCAUCUUCCACCCCCUACGCCGCCGCCGCCGCACUUCCCCGCAGAAGAAAAGUAACGUACGGUUGCGUAGAGUUCCUCAACGAUGGCGGACGUCGUUCAAUUCAAGCUUGAGCGCAUGCUCGACGAGCUAGAAGACCUAGACCGUCGCGGUUUGUUCAGCAAACAGGAGAUAGCGGAGAUAGUCAAACAGCGUCGGAAGUUCGAGUACCGCCUGAAGAGGCCGAGUCCCCUUAAGCAAGAUUACUUGACCUACAUAGACUACGAAAAGCAACUCGACGCCCUCCGAAUCCUCCGUCGAAAAUCCUUUUUGAAAAAAUCCGGCGAUAAGAAAUUGAAGAAGUCCGUCUCAGAUUACGCCGGCGUUUCCAGGAUCCUCGAAAUUUACCGGCUUGCCACAACGCGGUUUAAGGGUGAUAUUGAGCUGUGGUUUCAGUACUUGGAAUUUUGUAAAGCGCGAGGGCACGGCAGGAUGAAAAAGGCUCUGGCUCAAUUAGUUAGAUUUCAUCCGAAAGUAGCCGGUGUGUGGAUUUAUGCUGCCGCCUGGGAAUUCGACAACAAUCUUAACGUUGCAGCUGCGAGAGCUCUUAUGCAAAAUGGUUUGAGAACGUGCCCGACUUCCGAGGACCUAUGGGUAGAGUAUCUUCGAAUGGAAUUCACGUACCUCAACAAGUUGAAAGCUCGAAAGGUUGCCUUAGGAGAGGAUGAGGGAACCCUAGCUCGUGUUCAAGGGAAUGCUGAUGAUAAGCAAUGGAGAGAUGAGAACAAGGAAUUAUUUAUGGCACUCAAUGAGAAUGGCGAAGUUGGUGGUGUUCAAAACGGUGAAUCUGAGGGGAAAGUGGACGUGUUUGGCGAACAUGGCUUGAACAUUCUUGAAACUGUUUAUACUAGCGCGAUUGAAGCCCUACCUAAAGCCUUCGGCCUCAGGACACGGUUUCUUGAUAUGCUGGAAGCAACUGAGUUGGCUCGGUCGGAAGAAAUGCGGAAAAAGAUACUUGAUGACAUGAGAAGGGACUUCUCGGAGGAGCCACUAUACUGGGACUGGCUUGCAAGAGUUGAAAUAGCUGACGUCAAAAGAAUAAAUUCUGAGCAGUUAGGCAAAGCAGUCGAGGUUUACGAGCAGGGUUUACAGUUUGUACCAUCGGCUAGGAUGGUCGAGCUUUAUGUAAAGUUCCUCAUGGAUGCAGUCAGUGAUGAAAACAGGGAAGGGGAAAUCGCCGGUGAAAUUGUUUCACAUCUUAAGGUGUUAUUUGAGAGGGCUGAGAACCUGGGGUGUGUUACUGAAGAUCUUGCUUGCCAAUAUGUUUCUUUUCUUUUGAACCUUGGAAAAUUGGACGAAGCUAAGAUCCUGUUAGAAAAGCUUUGCUCUGGUAAAUUUCCAGAUGCAGUGCAUUUAUGGACUCUACGUCUUUCUGUAGAAAUGAAAUGCAUUCAGAAUAAAUCUCCUUCUCCGAGCAAGGCUGAUCUACUAUAUAUCUUUCAACUUCUCAGAAAUAUUCUGAUGAAAGUUAGCGUUUCAGAAGCAGAAGACUUGUGGACUAUGGGGCUAAAAUAUUUUGCAAACCACAGACAUCAUUUUGACAAGCUUGUGGAGGCUUCUUUUUCUUCACUGACCAGAGAUGGUGGAAGUGAUAGUGGGUUUUCACUCUCAUCAACUAUCGUAAAUUUUAUUCUUGAAAGAGAUGGAGUCGACAGUUCAAGACAGAUGUAUAAGCGAUUUCUCGCUUUACCACAUCCAGGAUUGGCUUUAUACAAAAAUUGCAUCGAGCUUGAGUUGAACCUUGCAUCUACCGGCGACAAGACUGGUCUUCCCAAUGCUCGGAAAAUUUACGAAUCUGCCCUUGCAACUUAUGAUCAAGAUGCAAGCCUGUGGCAAGACUAUCACUCCAUGGAGGUUAAGAUGGGAAGUUCUGAAACUGCGGCAGCAGUCCAUUGGCGUGCAAGGAAAGCGCUAAAAGACAAUAUUGCCCUUGUUCCCGGUUCAAACUCGUGAUGGAUUUAGUAUUUGUCAAUCACAUAGGUUUAUGAACUUUAUGAUCGAUGGAUUUUCACAUUUUUCUUUUCAGCGGUAUCGUUUUUAGUUGUUGUAACAUGAGGAAACACAGAGCAAGUGAUAACAGUAUCAAAUUUUUGUUUGUGAUAAACAAGUUAUAUGAAUGAAUGCUAAGAUUUUAUUCA